AUGACAGGUGCCGGCGACAAUUUAAAAAAAUUAAACGCGAAAAUUAAACGCCAACCCAGGAGAAAAUGGGCGUGGACAGUCGCAGAGGAAAUAAUUGGCCAAUUGAACAAAUUCAAUCGAAUAAUUAACCGACAUCCGUGGUUGGGAGCGGACUUUGCCCAUUAUCGAAGUAUACAUCAAACUUCUAGUAUCGGCUUCUUAUCCCUGGAUUCUACUCGCCGCUCCGUUUAUUUAUCUGGUAUCCACAUGGGCGUCUAG